AUGUUUGAGGUCGGCACUCCUUGUCGUAGUCAUUCUGUUGCCUUCGGUCACUUUACUUGGAAUCUAUGUCAUAAACCCCAGGACACCCGUUUAUGUUGUUCGCUUCAAUCGCUUGCCAGUCUUUUCGACAUGGGGCUCAUAUGGGACCUCUUCCACCUCAAUCGAGAAUCUAAAAAUGCAGUCAUCAAGUACAUCAAAGCCGUCGUAGCUGAGCAACAAAGUCAACCGUUGGCCGAAGAACAACGAGACAAUCUUUCGUAUCAGUACUGGGACAAUGAGGAGCCUGAAGAGCCGUACAUGGCCUACGAAGAGGGUAUGUUUCAUCCUGUUCAACUUGGCGAUCAGCUUGGAAAUGGCAAGUACAUUAUUGUGAACAAACUUGGAGACGGCUCCUUCUCCACAGUGUGGCUUGCACAUAGCACUAAGACAGGAAAUAAGGUUGCUGUGAAGAUCUGUGCCUCGAAAAGUGAGAGUUCAUCGACGGGUGACGAGAUGAGAAUCUCAAGGAUGCUUCGAGACGACUCGUCCCAUCCUGGCCAUCGCGUCAUAGGCUACUACAACGACAUUUUUCUUCACCAUGGGCCCAAUGGUACCCACGAAUGUCUUGUUAGCGAGCCAACACGUGCCACGAUAGCGGAGAGCAAAUUCAGAGGAUUCGUAUUCCCUACUGAGAUUGCACGAGCUUUGGCGGCACAACUGUUCCAAUCUAACACGUCAAAUACACAUAAGGCUGACCAUGAGGAUAUUGGUGAAGAUCUCCACGGAGGGAAUAUGAUGCUAGCUAUGCCGGCUGGCGAGUUCGCUUGCCUGACAGUGAAAGAAAUCUACGAGAAAUACGGGAAACCAAUUAUCUUGCCGAUGGAUCUUUGUGUGGAGGCUACCGAUUUCCAUGAAGAAUACCCUCUGCCAAAGAACGCGCCCCCAUACAUGCUAUGGAAGAUGUUUCUCACGCAGGACUGUGACGACCUGGAACUGUCGGAAGCACGGGCACAGAUCAAGGAUUUUGGUGAAUCAUGGCAACCGGAGCUAGUGACGCGGUACGAACUCAACACGCCCGAGCCAUAUCGGGCCCCCGAAUCGAUGAUCGCCAAGAAGCUGCAAUUGCCCAUCAGCUAUCCCGCUGAUGUCUGGGCACUGGGAUGCUUUGUCUUCGAGCUUUACGGCAGGAUGGACAUCUUCGAGACAUACUUUCCUGGUUACGAUGGUGUCUUUGCCACAAUGGUCCAUUGUAUGGGCAAACCCCCGGCAUCGUGGUGGGACGCCUGGGAAAAGCGCGAGCAGUACAUUGACGAUAAUUGCAACUACGUCAGAAAGGGCAAGUCGGAUCCGACACCUGCGGAGCCGGACACAAUCAAACUACGAGUGCUGGAGAUCCCUGACCACAGAGCCAUGGACAGGUUUCCUGAAGAGAAGACUUUUGUGCCUGAGGAGGAGUUACAGGACCUGGCAGCGAUGUUGAUGCGGAUCUUCCGUUGGGAGCCCGAAGACAGGGUGACAGCAGAAGAGCUAAUCAGCGACCCAUGGAUGCAGAAAUGGGGCAUUCCGGCGAAGGAAGCCAUGGAGGUGGCUUACGAGAAGAGGCGCAAGGAGCACGAGAAGCCCCCGUUCUUGUCGAAGUCGGUGGCCGUUGGUUUAGCGGUCGGCGCUUUUGACAGACUGGCCUACAUUCUGUCUCUAUUGUCUCUAACUUCUUGGUGGCGCAAUCUGAAAGGAAAUUUGGCAGAAAUGAAGGGAAACGGUUGGAGUGCUGGCGUUACCUGUGGGUACGGAUCAUUUGUAAAUCGCAUUAAGAUUGCACAUGCCGAUGCCAUCCCAUUGGCGUACUUGGUCACUAAAGAUAGUGGAAUACCUCUGCAACAAAACGGCGCCGCUGGCUGCUUGAAGACUUUUCAACUCAAACUCAUUGUAGUCUGGAACCCACGACAUAUUGAAUAG